AUGUCGCUUGUGGACUCGGAGGCUGCCUUCACUCAGAGAUGCCAGGAGGUGAACGCUGUGGCCAUUCAUACGGCGCUGAGUGACAAUGGCGUCACAACCUUUGCUAGUUUGGCUUAUGCGUGUGGCACACCUCAGGAUCGUCCUUCGCAGACCGAGUUGGAUGCAUUCAGUACUCGGAUUCUUGGGGCUGCGCCUCGGUUGGGCGAUGUCUCGCUCCUGAAGCGACUCAUCUUCGAAUCUUGUACCUUUGUGAUCGCACAGUUACGCCAGAAUGUUCAAGGCGAUGCUUCCAAGACGCCCAAGAAACUCCCCCUGGCUGAAAAAGCGGCCCGAGCGGCAGAUCAGAAGCGCCGAUUGGCAGGGGUCCACAUAGAGAGGGACUCCGUUCCAUUUUAUGCAUUGGUGGAUUUAUGCUUCCAUAUGAUCGAGGUCGGAGUGACAUGGAUCAGCCCAGGCCGCUGUACGAGUCGCGAAAGCGAGAUUCAACUCUCGACGCGCGAUCAGACUAAGGUGUUCAAGCUGGAGGAUAACAGCUUGAAAGUCGGGAAUGAGGGUCCUGAUGAUGUGGCCUGCUUCGACUCUCCCAUACGACUACAGUGGUGUCUUCAAAGGCGAGGCCUUGCACUCGAUCAAGCUCGACUUAUGUCUUGGCAGCAACAUGAGAGGUGGGUGCAUUGCCUCCUCCACGCACUCACUCGUGAGUGCCCUUCAGGGUUCCACAAGCCGGAUAUGAACAGGAUUGUGCAAGCGGACAGGGAGGCAUGGCUCAUUCUUGCAUCGGAAGUCUCAAGCCUCAAGGUCACGGCUGCUGGCGAGUUUCCGCUUGGUGUUGCACUCGAGGCCUUGAGAACCGACCCACGAAUUACCAUGUAUCUUAUGCCCACUUGGGGCCGGCAGCCCGAUGUCAAGAUGCCUUUGGAUGUCCCGUCCCCACCAAAGGACGGCGAGGGCUUAUCUCGGUCCGCAAAACGUCGGAAGCGCUUGAAGGCGGCGGGUGCGGCACGGACUGCUACGCCGCCUGGAAAGCCCAAUUCGACCCCCAGAGGGGCACGUGCGAUGCCUGCUGAGUUGAAGGGCACACACCAGAAAACCGAAGACAGAAAAUUCAUUUGUUGGGAUCACAAUUGUGGAGGCUGCAAGCUCAAGACCGAAGGCGAUCCCCCAAACCGGCCACUCCUUCCGCAAUUGCCGUGCUCGCACUUGGAAGGGUGCUGGCAAGGGCAAGACCAAGGAGUUGAGGCUGGACGGAUCACUGGCUCGGACAACGACGGGCUGGGAUACACUUUUUCUCCUGUGAAUGUGACGACACAGGACCUUUCUUCUGCUGAGGUGCUGGCCGCCCAAUGCCUGCGCCUAGGCUUCGCAAGUUUUGCGCAACUACGCGAGCUUAUUACUCGCCUGCCUGCGGACUCUGUGGGGGCGAAUUCAGGACAACCUGUUAUCCCUACGGAUCCCAAAUCUUUUACUUCCGGAGCAUACGUGCACCACGACAAGAACGGGCUUCGAUCCAAUUGUUUUUCCUUCCCAUUUUCGACCCAAUUGCUUGCACGCAUAUUGGAGGCCGAGUUUCCUGCUGUUUGUUUUUCUUCAGUGGGUCUAUUCUUUAACUUGAAGGGGCCGCUUCAUUUCGACCGCAACAAUGACCACAGGCAUGUCAAUCUGCUGCUUCCAGCCUCGCAUUUCUCGGAUGGACAAAUUUGGGUGGAAGGUCGAGGGUCGCACCCCUGUCCUGAUCCUUCUGCCAAACGCCUGGGCUACCUCCUGGAUGUCGCUUCGGGCCCACAGCUGCUGCCCUCUGAGCGUUUACAUGCUACAUGUUCCUGGGCAGGAGACCGCCUGCUUGUGGUUGGUUUCUGUGUUCGUGAUACACAACGACUCAGCGAUCGUGACCGCCACUGGCUGCGGGACUCUGGUUUUCCACUGCCCGACCCUCCCGAGACACCUUCCGCGGUUCACCGCCAGGUCACUUCAACGACUUCUUCGCCUUCCGUGUCUACUGCUGCGACCGUGCCGCCACCUGCUUCUGCUCCAACCUCUACUGUCACCGCCAAGAAACGCCGAGUCGCAUAUCGACCUGCACGGCCGGUGCAUUCCGCUAGAACGCCGUCGCGCUCUGAGAUGCCGACCACGCUGGCGGGCGACACUACCGAGGCAUCCGCUCCAGAGCUCUUUCCACACAACCUGGCUCCACUGGUCAUCGAGAUAUUUGCGGGCACUGCCCGUCUUAGCACUGUGGCUGGGCGAAUGGGCUUUCGAACUUUGGCUGUGGAUCGCUCCUCACAACGAACCAACUUUUCCAUACAGCGGCUCGACCUCACGAUGGACGAGGACUUACAAACCUUGCUCGACAUCAUCAACUUGGAGGCUCGCAACAUUGCUUGGAUCCAUUUGGCACCGCCUUGUGGUACUGCUUCUGCUGCCCGUUCCAGGCCUUUACCUCAGGCUGCGCAUUGUGGCUGCCCAGUGCCCCAACCACUACGAAGCACUACAGAGCCGCAGGGCCUCUCCACACUGACUGGCGCUGACAAGGACCGUGUCUUCGCUGCCAACAAGUUGUACCGUGCCGUCGGGCGCGUCGUGGACCUUGCCCUGCAGCUUGGUCUUUUUGACAGCUAUCAGCUCAUUUUCGAUGCUUGCAUGCACGGCGGGGAUCGGGACAAAACAACAUUGUUCUGGUGCUCCGACCCACGCUUCCAGUCGCUGGCACUACGCUGUUCCCGCGACCACAAGCAUGCGUCCUGGAAGCCUCGUUUUGUGGAUGGACAUUGGCAGUUUCCCACUGCCCAGGAGGCGGCGUACCCUUGGCUUCUUAUCCUGCAUUGGCUUCUACUUCACAGCAACCACGGGCCUGCGAGCAAGUCGCAUUGCAACGACAGCCGAAGUACGCUCGACCUCUGGUUUCUUGCUACCAAGCGCACGACUGCUGGGCUGUACCUGUGCGUUCUGCUGACGCUGCGUUCUGCCGAGCUGCUAGGGGAGGCGGCCAGGAUUUCCCAACCGGAUGCUUCGGACUUCUCUUUGAUCUCAAGUGAGGAUGAGAAUGAAGUGUACAAGGUGGUUGGAAUGGUUUGUGAUGACAACCCUUGUGCUACCCAGGCAGAAAUCCUUACCAUUGGCAUUCCACGUGAACCCGAGGACUUUGUGAAGGCUGCAGUUCGAGCGGGGCACCCUCGCAAUGCGAUACUGGUCAAUCGCCAAGGUCCUGCAAAGGAGAUCGCUGCCAACGUGGUUAUGCCAGCAGAGGAACGCAGAAGAAGAGCCGAUGAGGCUCGUGAUGCCUGGAAGAAUAUUGCCAAGGAGUCGGCUAGUACCAACGACGCGCUUAUGAAACAAAAACCCAAGUACCUGGCGAAGGCGCUGGACAGCAAAAAUGUCAUUGCUUGGAGGCGCAUUCUUGAGAGAAAUGGUUUUCCUGAUAAGAUGCUUUGGGCUGACUUACGUGAUGGCUUCCGCUUGACUGGAUGGAUGAGAGAGACGGGAAUCUUCAAGCCACGCGUCAAGGCACGGGAAUCCUCUCUUGAAAGCUUGUUGGCGCAAUCGUCCUACCGAUCUCCAAUGACUAUGAGCCGAAUAACAAACACGAAGCCAGACGAUACGUCUCAGAAGGCGUGGGCUGAAACUCAGGAGGAGGAGCGCAAGGGCUGGAUCUUCGAGGACACCGAUCCCGACUUCGACAACAUAGUUCUUGCGCAUCGGUUCGGACUGGAGCAGAAAAACAAGGUGAGGGUGAUCGACAAUGGAAAGGACUGCGGCUUGAACAUGGCUUGCGGGCUGCCGGAGAAAUUCACCUUACAUGGGGUCGAUGUUCUGGCGGCCGUCUUCCUUGAGUUGUUGAAUAUGCCUCGCGACCGGAUUGGAGUGUUCGACACCGACAGCAAGAGGACAUGGGACUGGGAUGGUGUGCCUACUUCGAUGAUUUCCCAUUGCUAUCACGAUGGAAUGGAGGAACAAACCGAAGAACUUGCUGACGAAGUGUUCGAGGCUCUUGGAGUUCAGUACGCUAAAGAGCGCAAGAAGGCAACAAAGUUUGAAGCAGUCUUCAAUGCAUUGAGCUUAGCCUUCGAUCUGUCGGGAUUCGAGAAUGGGGUCAUCUCCAUCACACAUACCAGCGAUAGAAAGAAGGAGUUGAUCGACGUCCUCGGGAACAUCUUGCAGACGGGCAGGCUGAGCCCCAAGGAAGCUGAAGUCCUCAGAGGGCGCAUGCAUUGGUACUCUUCCUACUUGUUUGGCCGGGCACCGUGCGAGGCUAUGCACCAGCUGUCUUUGAGGGCCAGGGGAAUAGAUGGUUCGCUGGAACUGGGCGCUGAUCUGGAAUGGGCUGUGAGGACCCUGCUGGAACACGUCAACACCUCGAGACCCCUAGAGUUGAGGCAGACUUCUGGGAGGGAACUCUUCGUCUUCACCGAUGGAUCUUAUGAACCAGGUGCUGAAAUUGUGGCCGGCAUCGGGGGAAUCAUUUACGAUGCCUCUGGUGUCCCGCUGGCUUUCUUCAGCUCGGAGAUCCCCAAGUCUGACUUGGAAAUGUUGGAGGCUGAAUCCGAGCAUCCAAUCUAUGAAGUCGAACUCUACGCAGUGCUUGUGGCGUUCAUGUUAUGGGCGGAUGUGUUGAGGGAUACCCUCAGCACCUUCUACUUAGACAACGAAGCUGCGCAAUCCGCUUUGAUUGCUGGCCGCUCUGGGACUCGGAACGGACGACAGCUUUUACAGCGAGUCUUAUCGCUGGAACACGACAACUUGGCUAGGCCGUGGUUUGGCCGUGUUCCUACUCACUCGAACCCCGCGGAUCCGCCUAGCCGACAGAUCGUGGACCACUUGAUUAGACAAGGUGCAAGGCGGGACAGCGUCGACUUGGGCAAUCUGCUGCUUGACAAAUUUCCGGAUGUGAGCUGA